CGAGUCCGAAGACCGGAGUUGGCGGAGUUAGUAUAGGUUGGACAAGUAGUUCGCAUCGAUUCGUGAUCCAGUGCGCCAGAAACGUGUUCGCGAACAUGAUAAUUAUUUUAGUGUAACUUUUAAUUCGGAUCGUAUUUUCUUCGAUAGUAAUUAUCGUAUUUUUUGGAAUUUUUCGCAAUGGCCAACACAAAUUUUAGUGCUUUGAACGACAAGAACUUGGAACAAUGUGUGGUUACGUUUAUAGAAAAAGUCGAAUCUAUGGAGAAGGAUAAAACUCAAGUGAUUAAGAAAAAUCUACCUCCAGCUCAAGUUGAAAUGAGAACAUUGCAGCUUUGGAGAUCGGUGAUUUCCGAAUGUUUGGCAUCAUUUUUAUACGUUUUCAUCGUUUGUGGAGCUGCUUCGACUGCAGCUCAAGCUGGAUCUCUUCCUUUGACUGUGUUCAUUACUGCCGCUGCUUCUGGGUUCACUGUCUGUGUGUUGACUUAUUGCUUUCAGAAUUUAUCAGGUGCCCAUAUGAAUCCAUCUAUUACUGUAUCGAUGAUGAUGAGCCAAAGGAUAACUCUAUUCAGAGGAAUGCUGUUCAUCGUAGCCCAAAGCGGAGGAGCUAUCGCCGGCGCAGCUUUAUUAUACGGGGUUUCUGUUACACCUCAUGUUGGAGAUUAUAACGCUGCUGUGCCAUCUUUAGCCAGUCAUAUGUCUGUAUGGAAGAGAUUAGGCAUAGAAUUCGUGCUCUCAUUUCUGAUUGUGUUCACUUAUCGCAUAACUGUAGAUGAUCAUCGUAAAUGGUUCGGAAAUUCGGCAACCUGCAUGGGCUUGGCAUAUUUAGCUACUGGAUUGGUUUCACAACCAACACAAAACCCUAUACGUGCUUUUGGACCAGCUUUUGUAACAAACAGAUGGGAUAAUCAAUGGGUAUUUUGGGGCGGACCGUGUCUUGGUGGUGUAGCAGCUGAUUUAGUAUUCAGAGUCAUAUUCAUUACAAACCGGCGUAAAAGUAGAUCAGAAAUGUCUGUUGAUGGUGAUUCGGCGAGUAUUCAUUCGGAAGCUGAUACGUACGAUGAUUUGGGUAAAGGUCGAGGAACUGCUAUGAAAAUCAUGAAUCCAAAUCCAUAUACUAGACAGUUACCAACCAAUUCAGGCAAUGGUCAUCCAUACAAUACAGGCUUCUACCCUAUGUCAGUUUGUAAACCACAAGAUCGAUCUGAAUCGAUAUACGAAGGAAGUCGUUCCCUAUACACCAGAUCACCUCCACUAACUAGAGCUAAUCUAAGCAGAUCUCAAUCAGUUUACACAAAAACACCUCCUGCUCAUAAUUAUCAACGCGAACAACCUCGUCCGGGUCCUUUAUACCCGGCUCAAUCAAUGUACCCUAUGCCGUCCAGUAAUGCUAACCCUAUCAGUCAAAAUCAUCAAAACCAGCAACGUCAAGGAACUGAGAAUAUCUACGGUACUAAAACCAGCAGUAGGGAUAUUUAUGGAAAAAUACCCGGAAGAAAUGAGUCCAUAUACGGUGGUGUUGUUAAGAAACACCACGAUUCUAAUGAUAAUUCGUAUAAUUCCUAUAUUAGUAAUAAUACAAGCGGUUCUAAGAUAACUCCGACUCAUAUGGGUGGUAGAAAAGAAUCGUAUCCAAGUUCGGCUAUUCCACCUCCACCGAAUGGUCAUAGUUCUUAUUACCACCAUAGUCAGCCUUCUCCUAAUUCGCAGCUGAGCUCGCAGUAUUGAAAGAUUUCAAUACAAGAUCUAGUCUUCCAUUACUGUUAAUUUAUUGUUUAUUUUUAAGUAUUCGCUUGAAAUUUUCGAAUAAUGUUUCCUUUUUUUAAAUUUUUUAAUUUUUAUUACGAAACUGAGGUGGAAAACGGAGAAAAAAAUACUCCGAAAAAAUUGAUGUAAAACUACUCAAAAAAAAAUCAAAAUACAAAUCAACCGGUUUUUCCAUCUCUAUUACGAAGGAUUGUUUUUGUUAAUGUUUUUAUUUCGUUUGUUGUAAAUACAAUUGAAUCUAUUAUCAUACCUUAGGUUAUAUGAUUUUCCUUUGCAUUUAUUUUUCAUCUUAAUUAUUUUUGCGUGUUACCUUUUGUAUGUAGAUUAAAAUGUAGAUAAAAUAAUUCGUUUUUAUAAAGUUUUGUACCUAUGUUAAGAAGUUCAAAAUUUAUAACAGUAAUCACGUUGUAAAUAUUUGAAACUAUUCAGUUCUUUAUUUUCAAUUUUGAAGAAAAAAAAUAAAAAUGUGAUAAUGA